CAUCAGCAGCAGAAAUCGCCGUGAAUAACGAAAGCCGAAUACCGAGCACCGAGCACCGAACACAUUUGCAGUUCCGCAUAUCCUUCGAACCGAAAAUUUGUUGUUCCCGUGACGCGCCGUGUGUGUGUUUCCACAGUUGGAGCUUACUUUAUCUUUUGUGGUGCACAAAAAUAGGGCAGCUGUAAGCGUAGCUCUUCUUGGAAAAAAAAAACAGAACAAACUUUCGACUUCUCUGUCCACCCACCGCCCCACCUACCAUCCGCAUUCAAUCAGCAAUGGCCGCUUAUGCUGCAUUCAAACACGUCGAGCUUUACAACGUGGGCAAAGCCAAGAAAAGGGUGCUCAGGCCUCCGGGCGGCGGUUCCAGCGACAUCUUCGGAUCGGAUAUGCCGCAGACCCCCAGGAACGUGAAGAACCGCAUGGUGUCCAACAUAUUCUCCGUCGAGAAGGACAAUAGCGUGAAGAAUACUGUACGACAAGGAGCUCACAGAUUCUAUUUCAUUGGUGAUAAUCCGCGUCGCGGCCAGAAGCCCGUCGACUCACACUCUCGACUCUUUGGGGAGCCCAUGCGCCCCAUCACACCCGGCAAGAACCACAUGAAGAGCAGCAUUCCCUUUGGCCAGAACACAGAGACAGCCGCUGCUGCCCAGAAGCUGCUGACCAACGGCAGCAGCACCGCCAACACCACCAAUGGACACCAAUACAAUGGCAAGAGCGGAUCCGUGUCCUCGGCCUCGUCGUCAGUGUCGUCCUCGACCGAGAACCUCAAGAUGAACAGUGGCUCCCGAUCAGUCUACAUACGCAAUAUGAGCAGUGUGGAAGAUAACGAGAAAUCGAAACAAACUAAAACCGAUACAGCCGGGUGUCCCCUGACACCGGUAGCAAGUGCAGCUGCACCCCCACCAGCCGACGUUCUUGGCAUCGACCUGCCGUGCCUGGACCUCGAAGUUGGUGACGUGCCAAAGGACAACGAGAUCUACACGGAGACCGGCAAGCACGACGUAAACAUUCAGACGCGCCGAGACUCGGGAAGCAACGUAGAGCAGCCCCACUCGCUGGAAAAGAUGCGCAGCACCGCAAAUCUCAAGGAGCCCUUGGCCCUCUGCCCGGAUUAUGUGAAGGAGGUGCAUGGUCCGUGCAAUGCACGUAAUCCCAUCACCGGCCUGGGCCUCAACGGGGACGGAGUGGGUGGCCUCAAGCCCGUGAAGCAGAAGAUUCGAGAGGGAAAUCCCGUGACCGGCGAGGGAUACAGGGCCGGAGGAACGGACUACAUUAAGGCCGCCGGCUCGACCAAUAGCGGCAGCGUCGGCAACGGGGACAACGGUGGCAAUUCGGUGGUCAACAAGAACCGUGUGCCCCCGGGCGGCUACUCGUCGGGACUCUGGUAAUGGAAAGGGACGCUGCCCAAGUCCCAGCACAAGCGAGCGACAUGGGGCGCCACAACACAACACCAAGAAGAGAAACAAACGACAAACAACAAAAAAAACACAGUUCUAAUACCCACUACACCCCCUACAUGAUAUAUACGCGAUUAACCAAACAUACCAAUACAUUGCACACAUGGAGCAUGGAAACUAGCAUCGGCAGAAAUCAGGCCUCAUCAGCGAGCUGGAAUUGAACAAGAAAGGGUUGGCAGCAGACACCACAACGGACACAAAACAUUUGCUCAAAUCGUUCAGCACUGCGUACUCAACAGCACACCUAAUCAGCCGGCACUUUUGCAGCACUUUACUCCAUAAUUAACAGAAAAGAUAAUUCUGUUAUAAAUGUCGUGUACCACAAGAACAGAACCCCAACCCUGCCCUGCAAUGGAAAAAACCUUCUGGAUUCUGGAUGAAUCGGAACGGAACACGUGCGGUGUCAUGUGGGACACUCUUAAUUAUAGUUGCAUCAAUAAUGUACUAAUACUACACGCCGCGACACACAUCUAAAACAUUAUAUUUAUACCAACCGCAUCAUUGCCACCCACCCCCCUCACACCCAUACACCCAUACACCCAAUACAUACUCGUACAUAAUAUACAUUACAUACAUACAUAUUACAUAUGUAAUUUAACAGUACGCCUGCACGUACUAAUUAAGUGUAAAAAUACAAAGCGAAUUCGAACCCGAAUAUUUGUUCAAUAAAAAUCUUUUCGUACAUAAUGUGCAUUGCA